UUCCCCCCCCCCUGCACCCAUAAACUUUCCCUCUCCUGCCUCCCCCAUAAACGCGGAGCUGCUGAACCCCGUAUCCCGAGCCCCCAGUUCCCAGGCGGUGCAGGAGAGGCAGUUGAGUCGCUGCGGGGAGAAGUUCUGUACAAAUUGCGACUCCUCUCCAGUUUCCCUUCCCCCUCUCCCCACUCCGAGGGGAGGCUCCGAGCUGCCAAAGAAGGGGAUUGUUUUAGAAACCAGUCAGCCAAAAAGGAAAGGCAGAUCCGAGCGCUGAGCAACUGAGCCCAGAACCUGCCCAACUCCGGAACCUGCCCAACUGGACCCGAGCUCCUCAUUUAGUUCUACUGGAACCACAGAGCCGACCCCGGGAUUGGACCGCCGACCCCAUCAGCUCCUUCCCCCGGCUCUGCAUGUGAGUGCAACGUAUGGGCUAGUUGUUCUGACCCGGUGCUGCCAUUUUCCUACUUGGAAACACCAUGAUUCUCAGAUGUAACAACUUUGUCGCUGCUACAGUUUGCUGCUGCCUCCUAUCCUCCUUCUGCUGCCUCGCUCAGUCCGUCCGAGCUCCCCAAUUCCUGGUGCAGCCACUCUCGACCUUCCAGAAGUUUGGGGGUUCUGUCACCCUGAGCUGCGCCGUAGAACCGGCCAGUGCCUCCGUCUCCUGGCAACUGAAUGGGGCGGAGCUAGAGCAGCCCGGGGUUCUGGUAUCUGGAGGCACAUUGGUCAUUGCCAGCCUUAAUAACGACACCGCUGGAAGGUACCAGUGUAUCGGCCGGACGGCAGCAGGAGCCAUCGCCAGUGUACCCGCUAUUGUCACCCUUGCCAACCUGCAGGACUUUAAGUUCGACACUCAGCAUGUGAUUGAGGUGGAUGAGGGGAACACAGCGGUGAUCGCCUGUAACCUGCCGGAGAGUCACCCCAAGGCCCAGGUGCGCUACAGCGUCAAGCAGGAGUGGCUGGAGACUUCCAGAGACAACUAUCUUAUCAUGCCUUCGGGGAACCUGCAGAUAGUGAACGCUACACAAGAGGACGAGGGGACAUAUAAGUGCGCUGCGUAUAACCCUGUGACGCAAGAAGUCAAAACAUCCGUUUCCAGUGAUAGACUCCGUGUUCGCCGUUCCACCGCUGAGGCGGCACGUAUAAUUUACCCCCCCAAUGCCCAGACCAUCAUCGUCACCAAGGGCCAAAGCCUGAUCCUGGAAUGCGUUGCCAGCGGGAUGCCACCUCCCAGGAUUACUUGGUCCAAGGACGGAAUUGAUGUUUCUUGGCACAAUAAAACUCGCCUCCUUCUCAGUAACUUGCUGAUUGACGCCACCGGUGAGGAAGACUCCGGCACCUACACCUGCACCGCCAACAACGGCAUCGGAGAGGGAGGCUCCGCCUUUAUAUUUUACAAUGUGCAAGUGUUCGAGCCACCAGAGGUCAGUAUGGAGCUGUCUCAACAGAUAGUGACCUGGGGUCAGAGUGCAAAGUUCACAUGUGAGGUCAAGGGUAACCCACAGCCCUCUGUUAUAUGGCUGAGAGACACUGUGCCCCUGAUCUCCAGCACCAAACACAGAAUGUCCCGGAAACUUCUGCGUCUCAUUAAUGUGGGACCAGAGGAUGGGGGAGUGUACCAGUGUAUGGCGGAGAAUGAAGUGGGGAGUGCACAGGCCAUGGCCCUCCUGAUAACCACUAGAUCAGGGAGCUUGCUGGAUCUGGAAAGAGAGGCCCCAACAUCUUCUCCAUUGACAGAGGACCGGCAGCUGCUGCUGAAAGCCCAGUACAAGCCUCGACCUCCGACCCCCCUGCUACCGGCCCAGUGCCCCAACACCAAGGAACAUGUGGUUCCUCCUGAUGCUCCUGUCAUACUUAGCUCCCCUCGCACCUCUAAGACUGACUUCUAUGAGUUGGUGUGGAGGCCCAGAAAUGUUGGGGGAGCCCCAAUCUUGUUCUACAUCAUCAAACACCGCAAGCAGGUAGCAAAUUCUUCAGAUGAGUGGACUGUUUCUCGGGUUCCAGGGCCACAGCACCGCUUGACCCUGACCAAACUAGACCCUGGAAGUCUGUAUGAGGUGGAGAUGGCGGCCUACAACUGCGCUGGGGAGGGACAAACUGCCAUGGUGACCUUCCGGACAGGACGCCGCCCUAAACCAGAAAUAGUCGCCAGCAAAGAGAUUCAGAUCCAGAAGGACGACCCCGGGACCAGCACGCAGAGCAGCAACCAAUCAGACAACAAUCGCCUUUCCCCCCCAGAAGCACCCGACCGCCCCACCAUCUCAAUGGCUUCCGAGACAUCGGUGUAUGUCACCUGGAUCCCACGAGGAAACGGCGGAUUCCCCAUUCAGUCCUUCCGGGUGGAGUACAAAAAGCUGAAGCAGCCGGGAGACUGGAUUUUGGUGACUAGAGACAUCCCUCCCUCCCGCUUGUCAGUUGAGAUAACAGAAUUGGAGAAAGGCACCUCCUACAAAUUCCGCGUCCGGGCCCUCAAUAUUCUGGGGGAGAGUCAGCCCAGCGCAGCCUCCAAACUGUACAUGGUGUCCGGCUACAGUAACCGGGUAUACGAGCGACCAGUGACGGGACCCUACAUUACAUUUACGGAAGCGAUCAAUGAGACCACCAUUAUGCUCAAGUGGAUGUACACCCCAGCCAGCAACAACAACACACCCAUCCACGGAUUCUACAUCUAUUACCGACCUACCGACAGUGACAACGACAGCGACUACAAGAAGGAUGUGGUGGAAGGGGAUCGCUAUUGGCACUCUAUCAGCCAUCUGCAGCCCGAAACCUCCUAUGACAUUAAAAUGCAGUGUUUUAACGAGGGAGGAGAGAGCGAAUACAGCAAUGUUAUGAUCUGUGAGACUAAAGCUCGGAAGUCUUCUCAGCCUGGCCGCUCACUGAUACCCAUGGCACCUUCUCCCCAACCUCCUCACAGCAAUGGCAAAGGUGCUGUUGGGACGGCUACAGUGGCUCGUUCCAGUGAUGUUCCGUACAUGAUCGUCGGGGUUCUUGGCUCCAUUGUUCUUAUAAUCGUAGCUUUCAUCCCUGUCUGUUUGUGGAGAGCCUGGUCUAAGCAGAAACAAACAACAGAUAUUGCAUUCCCCAGCGCUGGUAUCCUGACGUCCUCUUGCCAGUACACCAUGGUGCCUCUAAGAGGGGUCUCUACCAUCAGCAACUUCCCCUAUGCUAAUGGCGGUGUCGUGAAUGGCACUUGCCCAUCUGUAAACUCCAGUCAUAAUGAGCUGAAGCCAAGAGAGUAUGAAUCCGAGGCUGAGCAUCAGGAUGAAGCUAACAGCUUACUGGAAGAGAUGGUUUCUGGGCACAAGGACCUAACAGAAUGUCACAAUCCUAGGCCGUUGUGCCACCCACCCGGCGAGGGCAUGUCCGUGUACCAGCCUUGUGAGAAUGACACAUGUGACAUGAAGGAACUUCCUCCUGAUGGGCUUCACUUGCAGGAUGAGACCUUGGUUGGGCACUCUCUGGCAAAGAGCAACAAGGAGUGUCCCAUUCUCUCACUGCCCAAAGAGCCAGGUAUGUGCCAAGGUUGUAUGUUCCCCUUGCCCCCAGUGGAGAGCACAAAGGAUCCAGCCUGCUCACUGUCAGAUGGAGAAUGUCAUCAAAACCCAGUUUGGAGCAGUAAUGUAGAAGGGAAUCCAGACUGUCGGAGGAGCAGCACUUUUCACCCUCACACUCCAACACAAGGACCUGCUACUUAAUAAAAGACUGGCUGAAAGGACUGGGGAUGGUCUUGUUGCAAUAGAUAUCCGCACUGAGUAUCUCUGUUAUUUGGACACUACUAAACCUCCUCCUGCAGCUGAUUAAUAGACAAUGCUCAGUUACACUCUUGCAACACGGUCACGUUUUAGGGUCCUGGACCACCCUGUGUUUAAAAAAGGGAACACGUUAAAGGAGUUUAUUUUUCUAUGACAGCAAUAUUUAUAUAUUUAUGCACUUGUACAUAAAGUUUAUUUUCUUUAUCAUGAAAUAUAUAUAUAGAAAUAUGGAACAAAAAAGGGACUAAACAAUCCUUCAGUAUUGACUCGGCAACGGAACAAGAGCGUCUCUUGCGUAAUUGCAUGUAGCGGGGGCGGCAGCUCAGGUUGGAAGGGGGUGCUCUAGCGCAAUGGGUCACAGGAAGGAGACUGGAGGAAUGGGCUGCCUCGUUGCGUAUCUUUUGGAUCCAAAUUGUUCCGGCUUCUGUUCUAGUUGCAUAUGGAAUGUUAGCACACGUGCAUGUUUGGCUGAGACUCCAGCACAAUAUAUUCGCCAUAAACACAUUAUGAGAUACGGGCUGCAAUGACAUAUAUGUGUAACCUGAAGAGACAACUUGUAAUAAAUACAUUUGUGUUUAUUUAA